AUGGUAGGAGUGAAGAUCGAUCAGAAUGAUCCAUUAUUCAUUGGAAAUUCUGAUAGUUCUAGUGCUGUGUUAGUUCCAAUCAAGUUGGUUGGAUCUGAGAACUAUGGAAUCUGGAGUAGAGCAAUGAGAAUUGCAUUAUUGGGGAAGAGGAAGUAUGGUUUCGUAACUGGCACUUGCACAAAAGAUAUGUACAAAGAUGAAUUGCAUAAGCAAUGGGAAACUUGCAAUGCUAUUGUGCUGUCUUGGCUGAUGAACACAGUCAGUGAAAAGCUACUUAGUGGCAUUGUGUAUGCCACAAAUUCUUUCUCAAUAUGGAAUGAUCUAAAGGAAAGAUUCGACAAGGUGAAUAGAGUAAGGAUCUAUCAAUUACAUAGAGAUAUCACCACUCUCUCACAAGGUACAGAUUCUGUAUCUCAUUACUUCUCAAAGUUGAAAACACUAUGGAAUGAGUAUGAUGCUAUAGUUCCAAAUCCAUGUAAUUCAUGUUCUCAGUCGAAGGAGUAUAAUAAUCAUUUGGAACAGAUGAGAUUGAUUCAAUUCUUAAGUGGCCUAAAUGAAUCAUAUGAUCAGGCUAGGAGAUAA